AUGACGGCCAAGACUGAGUCCGCGCCAGCCGCCAAGAACGAGCGCGACGGUCCGAGCGAAAACUUCUCUUUCAGCCCAAUGCUGUACAACUUUCGAGUGGCGCCGCCGCCCGGCCACAACAAGACCUUUUCGCUCCAACAGCCGCUGGCCACGCUGUUCGACAACCUGAUCACGGUGCUGUGGUCGGUGUACGGCAAGAAAUCGAAAAUCAAAAUCGGCAUCAAUCAAUUGCAAUGGGCGUUGGAGUUCUUGAGGUGCAUGAAAGUGGACUACGGUUACCCGGAAAGCAUAGAGAAAAUCGUCGGUGAGCUGGAAGAACAGCUGAUAUCGCUUUACGCCAAGGUCGGCGAAAAAAUGCAGGAGAACAAACGGAAAAAAGACCUCGAGGAAAUUGAAAAAGACGAGAAAACCUCGAAAAGUUCUGGUAUUGACACACCAGUGAAGGAUACAUUUACAUCGUAUAACGAAGAAGAUAUCAUGGGAAAGCUAGGCGUGAUCAAGUUGACGUUAGAUCCAGUGUCCGGCGAAGUGAAAUACUUAAAAGAGUUAAACUCGUUGGGCAAGAGAAGACAAAAACCACAAGACCCGUGCGCCAAGGAUAAAAAACAAACUAAAAAUUACAUGAUUGGCGCCUUACAAAAGAUCCUGAGCAAAACAACGGAACCGGACACUAAAAACGGAGUCGAAGAAUUGAUAAAAGGUCUUAAAGUCGACAGCUCGGUAUCCAAGAAGACAUAA